AUGGGUCCCUUAUUUGGUGUCAAUUGUUAUUGGUAUCGACAAGAAUUUGCAAAAUCUAGGGGUAUGGUGCAUUGGCAUGGUUUGUGUUGGCGAUCAGACCGAGAACCACACAACCUUUUAUAUGAAGCAGUCUUAAAAGGUAUCUCAGAUGAUGAAUGUGCAAUCAAAUUAAGUAAGUGGGCAUCUGCUGAACUUGGAAUGACUGCUUCCCAUCCAGCAGGGUGUGAUAGCUUGGGAAAUCCUAGAAAAGAAUGUUGGCCACCACCUGAGGGAACUAGUCCUCCCAUCAAUGAAGAUUCUAACCCACUUGUUCAACUUUUAAUGGAUGUUAGUGCCACACAGGAUUCUCUACUUCAUGAUCAUUUACUUCUUACCAAUAAGUUUAAUUUACAUAGGUGCUCUGACUACUGCCUAAAACAGUUUAAAAACAGUGUCAAAAAGUCGUGCCGUAUGGGAUUUCCUAAAUCCAUAAGAUCAACUCCUGCUCUUGUUAAAGACCACAAUUCUUCACUGCGUUUAGAAAUGUCAAGAGAUCAUCCUGUUCUAGUUCAGCAUUCCAGAUAUCACACACAGGGUUGGCGGGCCAAUGGGGAUAUUUCUCUUAUUGUAUCAAAAAGUAACCCAGAAAACCCUUCAGUUAAAGACAUUUUAGGAACAGAAAAGUAUAUUACUGGAUAUGCAUGUAAAGGCAACCAAUCAACAGGUGCAUUAUCUGAUUUGUUUAAUGACAUGGUUAACUGUUCUAGCGAAACUACAACAACUGCUAAAUCCCUCUGUACACGUCUUCUGAUGGGCACUGUCAAAAGAGAUAUAUCUUCUGUUGAAGCCUGUUAUGAAAUCUCCUCUAUCCCACUUUACAGAUCAAGUCAUACUUUCCAAAAUGUCAGUUUGUCUGGUUUCAGAGUUUUAGAGAAGGGUGACUCUCAUUUAACUAGAAAUACUGCUCUUGAUAAAUAUAUCCACAGAGAUGAAAAUGACACCUCUUCUUUUUACUCUUUUAUAUCAAAAUCUGGAAAAGUCCCUGUUAUAUCUGGUGGAAAUACUCAUGCCACUUGGCCUUUGGAAGAAAACUUCUGCAAAACAUCUCUUUUACUUCAUUUUCCAAACUGGCGUCAUCUAUCUGAUAUUAAAAAUGAACAUGUCUCUUGGAUUGAAGCAUUUUCUUUAUUCAUUGACUCUGAAAAUUGUCCCAACUUCAUAACAGCUGAAGUAGAGAGAGUCAAGUGCCAUGAAGACAUUGAAGAGGAGGAUAUCAAUUCUGACACCAACGAUAAUGAAGAGCCUGAAUGGAUGGACAUUGUGAGACCUGCAGCAAAUUAUGAGAUAAUACAAGACGACUUACAUUUCAACGAUGGUGGCCCUGAUAUUGACUGGAGCACCACCGAUUAUGAAUAUCCAGAAAAUCCUGAAUGCUUUUUUAAUAUUGUAGAAAGAUCUCUUGAAGAAACCAGAAAUAUCUUGCAAAUUCCUGAUGUAAAAAUAGAAAAUCUUAAUAAUGAUCAAAAGUUUGCUUUCAACAUUAUUUUGAAAACCCUUUUUGAUUAUAGAGAAAGCAGCAAUGGUUACAAACCAUUGAGAAUGAUUAUCUCUGGAACAGCUGGGUCAGGAAAAUCCUACCUCAUUAAAUGUCUUCUCAAGGCAGUUAGAUUACUAUAUAUGUCAAAUAAUGCUGCGCAAGUUGUGUGUCCAACUGGCAACAGUGCAAACCUUAUUUCUGGAGUCACCCUACACAGUUUCUUCAAAAUACCUACAACUUGUAAAAGUAAGGAAAUGAAUGCUCCUGAUGGUGCUGUCGGAGAUCAACUUCAAAAUAAUUGUCAAAAUUUAAAAGCUCUAUUUGUUGAUGAAAGAUCUUUUAUAGGAGCAAAUACUCUUGGCUGGAUGGAAUUUAUGUGUAGAUGUGGUCUUAAGCAAGAGAUGAAUCCAAAUAAUUCAUGGGGUGGUAUCCCAGUUGUAGUUUUCUUUGGUGAUGAUGUCCAGUUGCCACCUGUCCUUGACUCUCCUGUUUACAAAUCAAAUUCCUCGGUUUCAGCUUCAAUGCAUGGAGUUUUAGUUUGGAAAGACUUUCAAACAGCAGUAAAUUUAAAUACCAUUGUACGCCAAGGAGAACAUGAACAGCAAUUCCGGGAUGUUUUACUUUCAAUGCGUACCUAUAGCACCACAGUUCCUCAAGCAACAUGGCUUCAAAAAUUUCAGUGGUCUAACCUGUCAUCUGAAUAUGGUUCUGUUUCAAUGAAAAACAUGUAUGAAAAUGGUUUGUUUGUUUUCCCUACUCACAAUGAGGUUUGGCAGCAUAAUAAAAGUAAACUACAGGAAGAAAACAUAAAACACCCUGUUCUCAAACUUCAAGCUUCUUUCAAGGGUCCACACUCAAAACAAGCUGAUCCGGAUAAGUGUGGUGGUUUGCUGAAGACACUUUAUCUGUGUAGAAAUGCAAAAGUCAUGUUAUGCAUAAAUCUUUGUGUUCAGUUUGGCUUAUUCAAUGGUGCUAUAGGUCAUGUUGUUGAUAUCAUUUACAAACUGGGAAGAACCCCCAUUGAUGGAAUACCUGAUGUUGUCAUGGUAGAUUUUCCCAAAUAUUCUGGCCCUCCAUUUAUUUCAGAACAUAAAACCAUUAUUCCAAUACUCCCAGUCACAAGAACUGUUGAAUGUAGGUGUUACGCAUGUAAACGAACUCAAAUACCAUUAAGACUUGGUUGGGCCACAACAGUUCACAAAUGUCAGGGUAUGACCAUUGGAGAAGGGGAGAUAAACAGAUAUAUUGCCAUCAAUCCAGGAACAAGGAGUUUUGAAUCCCGAAAUCCAGGGGCUUUAUUUGUUGCUCUUUCUAGGGCUAAGUCCACUGGAGAUCCUCCAAAUACACUUCCCGAUUUUGCUUGGAAUUCUUCAGUUCUUGUGAACCCAGAUAGACUUUGCCAUAUUGUAAAAACAAGUACUACUCAGGCUCGUGCACUAGAAAUCCAGCGAAUUCAAACCCUUGCUGAGGAAACAAAAGAAAAGUAUCAUUUUCUUUUGAACAGUAGUGAAUAUAUUUUCAGAAUUCACAAUUUGAUAAUAGAACAGUCUUUGUCAGAAGAAUAA